AUGGUUUUAAAUGACAUUAGUAAAGGAAGAAUUAUUGAGAUCUCAUCCUUUGGUAUGACUCAUAGAGAUAUUGCAAGAAAGGUUGGAUGCGGAAAAAGUACUGUUACUGAUUUUCUAAAGAAGUAUAAGGAGACAGGAGAAACAGUCCAUCAAUCUGGAUCAGGAAGAAAGAGAAAAACUACUAAAAGAGAAGAUAGACGCAUUGUCCAAGCUGCCCUUAAAAAUCGCCGUAUUUCUACAGAUGGGAUAAAAGCAGAAACUGGUAAUACCAAUAUUUCUGGAAAAACCAUAAUUCGUUGUUUACAUGAGUGUAAAAAUUUAGAUUCUCAUUGGGCUAUCAAAAAACCUCUUUUAUCAAAGAUCAACAUUGCACGUAGGUUUUAA